AUGCCGGACUCCCUCAUGGACCUCAUGGACUCGCUGAAGGAAGAGGGGAAAGCGCGGGCGGGCAAAGAGUGGCUCUGGCUCGAGUGGAGCCCCGAUGAGUUCCAGGGACUCGCUCACACCUGUGACAGCAGGUGCACUGAGUGUGGACAGGUCAAUGCCCACCGCAGCAGCAGCAGCAGCGGGCUCGAAGUUGUACAGCAACCUCAACGCGCGCGAAUGUGCGGAUUCGGCGACAAGGAUCGUCGUCCCAUCACCCCCCCUCCUUGCAUCAGAGUAGUCGUCACCGACAGUGACACCGGCGCUGAAUGUAAUGUCAAUGACCUUAUCACUGAUCACUACAUCAUUAUCGUCGAUUUGUGGAAUGAGGCUGGCGAUCAGGAAGUAAACCUGGUUGGGCACACGUCUAAUAACACCAGCAUUUCCACGACAACCCCGACGAGUUUUCACGAUCUGCGGAACGAGCACAUGAGCGCCCCUUAUGCCCAAAUUGUGCCUCACUACAACGGCCCUGGCAUGCCCUACGCUCAUCACCCGCAACCCCCUCCGCCUAUGCAGCAAUACCCUGGCUACCACGGCUAUCUGCCUCCUCCUCACGGCUACCAGUCUACCAACUCUGCCUUUGCACCCCCAACCCAGUAUUACCCGCACCAGGCUUCGGCCACUGUGCCAUCUCAGGCAGACGUUGCCUACGGCGGCCCGCAGCGGCACUCCAUGUCAAUGGCUGCUGCCCAGCCUCAGGGCAUGUUUACUCGGAACUUGAUAGGAAGCCUUUCCUCGAGCGCGUUUCGCCUCUACGAUACUGAUGAUAAGGUUGGCGUCUGGUUCGUCAUGCAAGAUCUCAGCGUAAGGACCGAGGGUCACUUCAGGCUACGCUUCUCCUUCGUCAAUAUAUCAAAGAAAGCAAACGAACCGACUGCGGACUUCUCCUUGGUUAGCAUGGGCAAGUCGCCAGUCCUGGCCCAAUGCUUCAGCGACGUCUUCCAAGUCUUCUCAGCUAAGAAAUUCCCGGGCGUCUGUGAAAGCACCCCUCUAAGCAGGUGUUUCGCCACUCAGGGGAUCAAGAUCCCCAUCAGGAAGGAUGGCCCGUCUGAUAGCAAGAAAGGGAAUGAUGACGAAGAGGACUUCCAGUGA